UCCAGCAUUUGAUAAUCAAAUGAUGAAAUAAAUCAGUUCAAUUAAAUCACUGCCGAAUUUGGAAAAUUAUGAGAGAUAAUUGUAGAAGUCAUUGAGAUAUCAUUCUUUUCUGUUGAGCAUUGGAUAGUUUGUCUUGGGAUUCUUUUGAGGUUAGAAAACCCACACGAUUUUUUGGCAGUAGACCGGGACUCUUGGUGGAUAAUGCCAGGUUUUUUCCUGGUAGCAUACCAUGUUUUUUAACAUAUGUAAAAAUUUGUCAUUGACGAGAAUUCAACAAGUCGGCAGGAUUCUUUCAUCACAGACGAAGGAAGUAAUUCGUAGUUGUGAUGUGUGUUGUUAUAAUAAGGUACUUGGGGGAUCCAUCAAUGGGGUACCUCUCCAGAGGUAUUACAGCAUUGAUAGUAAAGAAGAUCCAGCACCAGAGAAUACUCUGCCACCCUUGGCUGGCAACUUGAUUAUGGUGCCUGGGAUUUUCAAGACAAUUUCGAGUACCUUCCAGCUUCAACGACAUCUGAAGAGAUUUGAUCCCUCGUUUGAAAUAUCGGAGUUUAUUGCAGCCUCGAAACAAGCAGUUGAAACAGUAUCCCAUUUGCUAAGCAAAGAAAACUACGAGGCGCUGGAGGAACUCGUGACUCCAGAUGUUAUCCAGCAAUUGAGACAAAAAAUUUGUACUCUAGCGCCAGCACAAAAAGAUCUCAUUGCUGUUAGAAAAGAAGAUAUUUAUGGACAGUUCCCUUACACCGUUCAAAUGCUCUACGAAGGAGAAGGAGACAACAAGAAGGCUUACGCUGAGAUACUCGUGGUGUAUUAUUCCCUCAGGGGUUUGAAAGAGUUGAUAGAAAAAAAUAUCAAUCCCCCAUUGCAAAUGGGACUGAUGCCGGAGUAUCGAGAUAAAAUAUUUCUCUUAAAUUAUAGAUUUAUCAAAGAUUUUACCAAUGGCACGGAUGAACCUUGGAUUGUUAAUUUGUGUAACCAAGUCAUGCUCCUGGCAUACAAAUAAUCAGCUCUUCAUAAUACUUACAAUCACCAAAAAUGGUAAUAAUUAGCGAUAAAUAACACUUCAAGAUUCGUCUGUUUAAUAAAUUGUAAAAUACAUUUUUGUUUGACAAAUA